GUCGCUGACGAACCGUCGAGCGGAGUGAGUUAUAAUACCGUAAUCUGACGAGCGAGCGAGCUACGCACGGAAACAGCCGAGCGCGUUCUCCCCGUCUCUCUCGGUCCCCUUGACUCCGUGCCGACGACCCUCUCUCUCUCCUUCGCACAUCCGAGGCUCGUGUACACAGCCAACCGCCCGCGUCUCGUCCAUCUCGGUUUGCACUACUGCAAAACUGAGCGUUUCGGCAACGUCGUCCUCUCCGUCAACGGCUCGUGCACCGUUGGAGGGAUCACCGUUGCGAGCGGGAUAUAUCCAUCCCCUUUCUUCGUCAGCUCGCGGGUAACAAUUGCGUUAGCCUAUUCGACGAAGCGCGAAAGAUCGAGGGAAUACGUGCCACUUUCCGCGAAGAGAACUCGUCCGUGCAACAACAACGCAGACCAGCCAUCCUCCGAUCAUCCAGCCAACCAAGCCCGCACCGCCGCCGCCGCAUCGUGACGUAGGGGCCGGAGCAUGUGAAAAUGGAUUUUAAGAGCGUGGUGUACAACGCGGCAAGGGACGGCAAGCUCAAACGUCUCAAGGUGUUUCUGGAUCAUCGAGCUAAGGAUGAGGUAGGACAACUGGUCGGCGCCAAAACCCAUGGCGCAACGCCGUUAGUCAUGGCAUGUCGGAACGGACACUACGACGUCGCCGAGUAUCUCAUCGAAAAAUGUGGGGCGGACGUGGAGCAACCUGGGUCAGUGGUCUUCGAUGGCGAGACGAUCGAGGGUGCGCCACCCUUAUGGUGCGCGGCAGCCGCCGGCCACUUGGCACUGGUUAAGCUACUGGUGAAACGAGGCGCCAAGGUGAACUCGAUCACAAAGACGAACUCCACGCCUCUUCGCGCCGCCUGCUUCGACGGGCAUUACGACAUCGUCAAGUUUCUGGUGCAACACGGCGCAGACAUCGAAAUGGCGAACCGACACGGACACACGUGUUUGAUGAUCGCGUGCUACCGGGGUCACAUCAAAAUCGCAAAGUUCCUACUUGCGCUGAAGGCGGACGCCAACCGUAAGUCCGUAAAGGGCAACACGGCGCUGCACGACUGCGCCGAGAGCGGAUCCCUGGAGAUACUGAAGGUGCUCGUGGAGCACGGCGCCCAGAUGGAUGUAGACUCGUACGGGAUGACGCCACUCCUCGCGGCAGCAGUAACAGGUCACACGCAUAUCGUCGAGUACCUCAUAGGCAUGCCGCAUCUGUUCAGCAGGAAAGAACGCAUCGACGCGCUGGAAUUGCUCGGGGCCACGUACGUGGACAAAAAGAGGGACAUGAUAGGCGCCCUGCAGUUCUGGAAACGAGCCAUGAACGAGCGAUACCGGGGAGACGGUCCGGUGAUAUCGAAACCUAAAUUCUCGCCGCUCGUAGCCGCUUAUGACUUCGCCCGGGAGAUCUGCGAGCCCGAGGCGUUGGACGAGUUGCUCGCGGAUCCGGACGAGAUGCGAAUGCAGGCGUUAGUGAUCAGAGAGCGCAUAUUAGGACCGGCUCAUCCCGACACCAGUUACUACAUCCGAUACAGAGGGGCGGUUUACGCGGAUGCGGGUAAAUUCCGUCGCUGCAUCGAAUUGUGGAACUACGCGCUCGACAUGCAACAGAAUAUGCUCGAGCCGUUGAAUCCCAUGACGCAAAGCUCUCUAUUCAGUUUCACGGAACUCUUCAGCUUCAUGGUAGGCGAAGAAGGUAGACAGACGACCAGAGGUCGCAGAGUACCGCCGGUACAACGGGAAGAGCUCUUGAGAGUCUUCGAGAAAGCCGUUAUGGAAGUGAAAAGAGGCAAGCAGAUGUUGGACAAGAUGCCGGUUUGCGAGCGCGACCUGACGUACUUGAACAGGGUCCUCGUCAUUACCCUGCACUUGGCAUGCUUAUUGACGCGCGAGACAGCGGAGGAGGGUAGCGACGAGUACAUCGCUUUGCACAAGCAGAUCUACGAGUUAGUUCGAAUAAAGGCCAAAGGCAAGCAGGGUCGUGACGCGCUGCAGCUGAUCCACAGCGAGGACGGCACCCUAGUCAGCAGGUAUCCCACUUGCAAGUUCCCGUCUCCUCACUUGACCAAAGCGUUGCUGAGAGUGGGCGCAGACGUGACUGCUCGCGACAACGAUGGCAACACGGCGCUGCACCUGGCGGCGUUGUCGCGCCCGUGGCGGCCGGACCUGGCGAUCGCCCUGCUCGACGCCGGCGCGCACUUGGACGCGGUCAACAAGGACGGUAGAACCUUCCAGAUGUUGCUGUGCGACAAGCGCAGGUACGACUCGAUCUACCCCGUCAAGUACACCACGCUCGCCUGCUUGGCCGCGCGGGUGGUGAGGAAGACGCAGAGGAAAGAAAAAGUGCCCGCGCACCUCCGCGCCUUCGUCGAGACGCACUAGCAACAUCGAGACGCGGCCCGGCUCUCGUAUCGACGUAAUGAUACCGAAAUGGUGACUGAUCAUGAGAAAAGAGUGGGGCGGCAGCAGCAGCAUAGCAGCCACACGGAAAACAACAACGGUGAUAAUCAUGGUUGACCUGAAUCCUCCGAUUCGCUCGUUCGUUCAUCCGUUUGAUCGCGUUCCAAUCGAAACCCCCGGCUACUUCCCGAUACGCUUCGGCACCGGAACACGCGACGGUCAAUGAGUCUUUCUCUUGCGAAGUACAAUUUUCAUAACUACUUACUGUAAGAGCGAGUGCACGAUACCGGAGAGAACUCUCCCUCUCGCUUUCUCCAAACGUCGGGCGUUUCGUCUUAGGAUUGAUGAUUCCUCACUGUCCGUCUAGGCGACGGUAGAGAAACAUCCGUCGAUCCCCCGUCAAUUUUUCUUACACGGCAUUCUCAUUGUCAAGUAUAAACGGUCCAGCUGGCAUCGGUGUUCGUUAACUUCUCUCGAGAUGAUUCAAAAUGAUCUGUUGUGAAUGAUGAUUACGAUAUAAUAUAUUAUUAUGAACAUUAUUUUACAUUGUGCAUUUAUUAUAUGUAUUUAAAUAUAGUUUGUUUAAUCUUCGCAUAGCCCCACACAAGUCAAGGUCCCGAUUCAUUAUCAGAUAUAAUCUGUCCCGAUUUGUAUCCUCUUUGGACCAGUUUUUUGUCCACAUAAUGAUCCAAAUCAGGCUCGGGUCUGAUUUGAUCAAAAUUGGUACAAAUUAUGGAUCAAGUUAUAUUUGAUAAUGAAUCGAGCCAGAUUGGAUGCUAUUGAGCUUUGAUUUGCAGAAUUCUAAAUCCUUGUCGAUCAAACGUCGAGAAGUACAACAAAAUAACGCCCUGCAUACAUUAAAGCGAAAUAUCUCCAGAUGUACUAUAUUUCGUAUUAUCCUCCCAUAAGAGAAAUAAUUAUUCGUGACUAUCUCCAUGUUUUAACGUAAGACUGACGGAAGCUUGUCCUCCACCGUGUAGACGAAUAGUGAGAAUCAAUUUUUAAACGUGAGAUCAUCGUGAAGGGACAUUUCGAUUCUCAGUCGGCGCGUUGUUCUAGUUGACAAGAUUUCUCUCAAGUGUUUUUUCUUAAUUUAUAUCGAUUAACUCGUAACGAGUUCUUGUUAAUCGCGUACUAGUUAGUAAAAAGCCGGGGAGCGAGGUACUACGUCGUCGUCGUGUACAAACCCAACGUCGAUUAUCGUUCGUUAGCGUGAAUUUUACGAUCGAAAGUGCAGAAUGAUAGGCCCGAUAUUAAUUGUACAUUCGAAAACGGAAAGAAAAUAAAUUAAACCGCGUCAAAAAUUUAAAAUCCUACGAAGAUCGCGCUCUUCCGUCACUGUCAAACGGUUGGUUCCUUUCAAUGUCAAAUGAGGCCGGUCAGUCGCGUUUUUCUCUAACGAUCGUUUUUGCCCGUCAUCGUUGCCGAUUACGUUAAUCGGGACAGUGAAUUGGAUUAACCGUCGACGAUGCAGAUCCUUGUUGAAGACCCUCUUUUUCUUUCUCUCUCUGGUAUCGGUGCGCGACGAUUACAAGAGAAGGACUUUGAGUCUCAGUGAAAGAAAAAUACACUAAGAGGGGGGAGUGUUAUUUCGGCAUAAAAAGAAACGCGACAAAACGGCAAAACGGAGAACAUUGUGAUUCUAUUAUUACGAACUCGGCUACUUAAAGGCCUCUCCUGUAUACAUAAACCCCGCGCGCGCAAGCCAUAUUAUAUAAAUAUAUACAUACCACGUUGGAUAAAACACACAUAUACACGCACAUAUACACAAUCAACACACAGAUACACAUCCAUACGUGCUUAGCGAUAAUAACAUUAGAUGGUUGCAUAUGAAACCGCCCGCUGGCAAUAUAUGACGUUAGGUAAACUAUUUAUUCGAAUUGAAAAUUGGCAAUAAACAUAAUGACAGGUCUAUAGAGUCCCGCCAAAACAUCAUAGGUGACAUCUGUGCGACGCGUUAACAUCAUCUAUUUUUAUUGUGUUUACAAUGGCGAGUUUUGUUCCAAAUAAGUCACAUUUGCGGGAAGUUAUGUUCCAUUAUUUCCUGGCAAAAAAACCGCCCGCGGUAACGCAUCACUAGAGGAAGUGUAUGCCGAACAUGCUCCAUCGAGUACAACGUGCAAAGGGUGGUUCCGCCGCUUCCAAAGUGGCCAAAGAGAAACAUCCACGCCAGUAAGGUCAUGCUGUGUAUCUGGUGGGAUCAGAGGGGUGUAUUACGAGCUGCUGAAACCGUCGGAAAUCAUCACUGGGGAUUGUUAUCGACUGCAACUGAUACGUUUGAAGCGAGCUCUGCACGAGAAGAGGCCGGAAUGGGAGAAUCGCCGUGACAAAUUGAUUUUGCAGCACGACAAUGCCAGGCCGCAUGUUGCUCAACCAAUCAAGAAGUACUUAGAAGGAGUGAACUGGGAAAUCUUAUUCCACUCGCCAUAUUCCCCAGACAUCGCUCCCUCCAAUUACCAUUUCCGGUCGAUGCAGUCAGCGCUUACGGCACAGCACUUCACCUCGUACGAAGGAGUCAAAAACUGGCUGGAUGACUGGAUUGCCUCUAAAGAACCCGGUUCUUCCUGCGUGGAAUCCGAUUGUUGGCCGAAAGGUGGGCCAAGGUUGUCUGUUCCGAUGGGCAAUACUUUGGAUAAACCAAUUCGUCGAUUUGCUACCAAACCACUCUUUUUUCUCGCUCAAAAAUGGGCAGUUCCAUAUGCAACCACCUAAUAUUAUAUAUAUACAUAUAUAUUAUACAUAUGAAUGUAUGUUAAAUUACAACAGUGUGUAAUCUUAGAGAAAUGACUUUUUACCUUGCUGUAUAAACGAAUAAAAAAGGAACAGAGAGGAACGUAAAUUUGUAAUAAAAGAAACUUUCUGGCACCGAUUAUGUCGACGGAGUGAAACACGAUAUCGAAGCUCUCUACGUGCGCUUGCGUAUGCGUCUUGUGUGUAGAAAAAAAGGGGGGGAGGGAGAAUAGCGAAAGGUAAAGAGACAAAACGGGGAAGAGGAAGAGAAGUGUCGCGACACUAACGUGCGCGAAGUCGCGACAAACGCGGUCACGUCAUUCUUCUUUUUUCACCUUGUACGUUUCGUGUGUCACGAAUGCAUCAUCACGCGAGUUUACUAUCGCUGUACUACAUCGGGCAGGAGGAGGGGGUAUUUCGCUGAUCUGUGGCAUCGAUACACUUACCCACGUGUAAUUUCCAUCACGACGCGACAUGGGCUCGGCUAUGUGUGUGUGUGUGUGUGUGUAUGCGUGUACGUUCGGAAUUGACGAUUUAUUCGCCGAAGACAGUUUUUUUUUUACACCUUUGUGUGACCGUCUUUAUUUCCAACGUGAUAAAAAACCCAUUAUAAAAUACAAUAUAGACUGAUAUCAAUACAUGAUUACACACAAGUAUGUACAAUACAUGAGGGAAAAGGGUGUGUAAUAUGACGUUGUCGGAUCGAGUUGCCUCUUUUUCUCGUCCCUCUCAGAGAGAGCCGUUGAUGAUGCGCGAUGCACACUUUCGCGCGCGAUAAACACGACAAACGCCGUCUCGUUCACGCGGUUAAGGCUCAGGUUCAUAACAAAGCGACGUGUGUCCUCCUCGUGUCCAUGCGCGCUUUUGUACGUUUUGCAUGUCGUUCGCCGAAUCGAUACGUAGUCCGUUACCGACGCAUCUUUACACGCGUCACGAUGAGCCGUUUUUACACCGUACUCAUAUGUUAUGUGCGCGAUAUGUCAUGUCUCAACUCUCUCUUUCUCUCUCUUCUUCUUUCUAUUUUUCUGCCUGCGAAGAUAGCGUCUUUACACUUAAACCCGCAUAUUGAAAACUAUUUUAUAAUGUAAAGGCAGAACGAAGUCUCGGAAAUACAGGUGUGAUUGAAAAGCACAA